GGAAAGAAGGACCCUCAAUUCAACUGCAACUCUGCUCCAUAAUAGUAAAGUAUAAUAAUAGUCAAAACAUUCUGCUUCCACUCCCACUUAGUCGUCUCCUCUUUUUCUCAGAACCUGCUGCCGCCUCCACUCUUCUAUCUCCAUUCUUGAUUCUGCUGCUAAAUGAAACAACCGUUUACUCUUCUUCAUCAAUUGCAAUUUGCAUCACCGCAUAAUAUACCUCGUAGAUGUGUCGUUUCAUUUUUCUUCUUCUGUUCUUGCUCUCACUUUCCCAACUGUUAAUCGCUCUCUCUCCCCGCCGGACCCUCCUCCAGAAUGCUACCGUUUCUUCCCCCUGCCCCCUGAAAUUUGACGUCUUGCGGCGGUUGGCCCCCGACUCCAAGCGUCCGAAUUUGGACACCCGCUCCGAGUGUCAGUACAUUCGCCAAGGCCUCCGUCUUGUUCAAUCCGAGUAUCUUCGUCUCACCAACUCGUUCCUUCCCCCCUUCGAGUCGGCUGAGUCUUGCUGGGAUGCUUACGAGUCGCUGGUCAACGAAUAUGUCUCCAAUUUCAACAUCCGCAGCCGCUGCGGCUUCCAGACGCCGUGGAUCGCCCGCGGUUGCAUGAACAUCACGACUCGCUCGGAGUUCGAGGCCGCCGUCCCGCCAUCCGCCCUCGACGAAGUCGCCGCCGCCUGCAACCAGUCCCUCCUCAACAGCUCCCCCUGUGCCUCGUGUACCACUUCGCUUUCCAGCAUCCAGGCGUCUUAUCUCCCCGGGCCCUCAAUUGGGAACGUCUCCGAUUGUACUGCUUACCCCUUUAUCUAUGCCGCUGCUUUUAGCAAUCAUUUCGGGCCCACCGAUGAAGGUACGGCCAAGUGCUUGUUUAAUCUCGAUUUCACGUCGUCUAAUUCUAGUGGCAAGAAAAAGAAGAAGAUUGUGAUUGCUGUCGUUGUGGUGAUCUGUGGUGUGGUUUUGCUUCUGGGCUUUUCUGGUUUCUGGUUGUUACGGCGGAGAAGGGCUAGAAUUUCGAGACGGAAGUGGAAUAACAUGAGAAGUGAUACUAAUGUGAGUUCUGGGCUGGAGUCAAUUAGCGCGAGUACAACGUUAAUUAGGUUCACGUUCGAUGAAAUUAGGGCUGCGACCAAGAAUUUCUCGAGAGAGAAUAUAAUCGGGAAAGGAGGGUAUGGUAAUGUGUACAAGGGUGUUUUGCCGGAUGGGUCUGAAGUAGCCUUGAAGAGGUUCAAGAAUUGUUCGGCUGCUGGAGAUGCUAGUUUUACACAUGAAGUAGAAGUCAUCGCAAGUGUUAGACAUGUAAAUUUAGUUGCUUUGAGAGGGUAUUGCACAGCAACGACCCCUCUAGAAGGUCACCAGAGGAUCAUUGUGUGUGAUUUGAUGAAGAAUGGGAGUGUCCACGAUCAUUUGUUUGGGGUGAUGGGCAAGAAAUUGAGUUGGCCUACACGCCAGAAGAUAGCACUUGGAACGGCUCGGGGGCUAGCUUAUUUGCAUUAUGGCGCUCAGCCGGCGAUUAUUCACAGAGACAUUAAGGCUAGCAAUAUUCUCUUGGAUGAGAAGUUUGAGCCUAAAGUAGCGGAUUUUGGUUUGGCAAAGUUUACUCCUGAGGGAACGACACACUUGAGCACUAGAGUUGCUGGGACGAUGGGAUAUGUGGCGCCCGAGUAUGCAUUAUAUGGACAGUUGACUGAGAGGAGUGAUGUUUAUAGCUUUGGGGUUGUUCUUCUUGAGCUGUUGAGCGGCAAGAAAGCUCUUAUUGCUGUUAACGACGGGCAACCAACUCUAGUGGCGGAUUGGGCUUGGUCGUUGGUUAGAAAAGGGCGAGCAAUGGAUGUGGUUGAAGAGGGUAUGCCGGAUUUGGGUACCCCAGAGGUGGUGGAGAAGUAUGUUUUGGUGGCUGUUCUGUGCUCGCACCCACAACUCUAUGCUAGGCCGACAAUGGACCAGGUGGUUAAGAUGCUGGACAUGGACGUGCCUGUUCCAUCAAUACCUGAAAGACCACUUUCUCUUAUUGCAAAUAUUGAUGAUAUUGAGAGAUCAGUGAGUAGCAGCGGGUCAGGUCAUUUGUCGACACCUGCUGGUUAUCAGCCUUAUACAUUUGAGGAGCAAGAUCUCUCGGAAAGGUAGAACGAAGAUGAUGGGAACCACAGUGGUAGAUAGCAUCCGGAAGGCGGCUCAUCUUUUCUUGGGUGAGAAGUCCCUACUGCAACGUAAUUAGCUUUCCUCAAGCUGUGAUGGUUGGCUCAUUCUUUUGUUGAUUUAUAUUAGUUGUGUGAUUCAUUGAACUCGAAUCACUCAUACCCUUAUGUAAACUGAUAUAUAGAUUCAAAGUGAUAUUGAGAGUGCAUGAUCCCUCUAAUGUGCAUGUGAUGUUUGCACCGGCGAGUGUGAGUUGAUGUUUCUCGUUUGGAUUUCCAGUAAUCCACAUAUGAAGUGUUGAGACGAAACACAGGUCUAGUUCCUGAGCUCCUUUAAUAACACAGUUGAGGCAGUUGAACUGAAUCCAGAGCAACAUGCACUUCACUGCUUCAUACAUUCAGCCCACCAUCUCAAAA